GCACCGCAGAAUCCCCCAAAUACCGAGCUCGGAGGCGAGCACUCCUUAAAGCUCGCCUAAUUCCCCCGAAACCCCUCCCCUUCCAAUUCCCUACUCCCACUCGAAGUUUUCAGAUCGAUUCUUCGGAUACCUCUACGUUGGUGGUGGUGGUUCGGAUCUAUAUAAGGUCUUUGGAUCUCGAGGGUUUCUUCGGCGAGGUGACGUGAAUUAAAGGGAAGCAAGGAAUUUGAUCUGGUUACUUGAAGGGAGAAGAAAAAGGCUAUAAGGGAUCUAAGGAAUGGCCACGGAAGCAGCCAACGGCAACAAUCAUGUGGUGGUGAAGAAGCCUCCGACCCCUUCACCUCUGCGAAAUUCCAAAUUCUUUCAGUCCAAUCUGCGAAUCUUGGUGACUGGGGGAGCUGGUUUCAUUGGAUCUCAUUUGGUGGACAAGUUGAUGGAAAAUGAGAAGAAUGAGGUAAUCGUUGCUGACAACUUUUUCACUGGCUCAAAGGACAAUCUCAAGAAAUGGAUUGGUCAUCCAAGAUUUGAGCUGAUUCGACAUGAUAUCACAGAACCACUAUUGGUGGAGGUUGAUCAGAUCUACCACUUAGCUUGCCCUGCUUCGCCAAUUUUCUAUAAACACAAUCCUGUCAAGACGAUUAAGACAAAUGUUAUGGGCACAAUGAAUAUGUUGGGGCUUGCAAAGAGGGUUGGAGCAAGGAUUUUAUUGACAUCUACCUCAGAGGUGUACGGUGAUCCUCUGGAGCAUCCUCAGAAGGAGGAGUAUUGGGGAAAUGUUAACCCGAUUGGAGUGAGGAGUUGCUAUGAUGAGGGAAAGCGUGUGGCAGAGACAUUAAUGUUUGACUAUCAUAGACAGCAUGGCCUAGAGAUCCGAAUUGCUAGAAUCUUCAACACGUAUGGGCCUCGCAUGAACAUUGAUGAUGGUCGUGUCGUCAGUAACUUUAUAGCUCAAGCACUUCGUGGUGAAUCCUUAACAGUCCAAGCCCCAGGAACACAGACUCGAAGUUUCUGUUAUGUCUCUGACAUGGUAGAUGGACUAAUUCGGCUGAUGGAAGGAGAUAAUACGGGCCCUAUUAACAUAGGGAACCCUGGUGAAUUUACAAUGAUGGAACUUGCUGAGAUCGUGAAGGAAUUAAUUGAACCCUCCAUAUCAAUUGAAAUUGUUGAGAAUACCCCUGAUGAUCCACGUCAAAGGAAACCUGACAUCACAAAAGCAAAGCAACUUCUAGGAUGGGAGCCCAAGAUCACCCUACGACAAGGUCUACCCCUAAUGGAGGAGGAUUUCAGGCUCCGGCUCGGAGUGCCCAAGAAAGCAUGACCUUGUGAUCGAUAUGAAGUCGUGGCCGAUGCUCUACUCUCUAUCUUCAAAUAAAUGUUUGGUUCCGAGUUUUGAUUGUUAGAUGAUACAUCUGAAGAGGGGUUAUGAGAAAGGUAUUACAUUUCGAGAGUUUGAGAAGAAAUAUUCCCUGAACAUGUUUGGAUUUGUUUCUUACGGCCAUUUAAAUGGCUAUAUAGAUUAAAGGUCAAUCGAACUGUUUGCAUUCCAUGAUUAGCUUCAUGGUGCAUACUGUCUUCAAGA